AUGGGUCCAUCUGGCAGCCGGAGAGGCAGCUUUGUGGAGAUCGGGUCCAAGACACACUGCUACAGAAGGGUCCUUCUCCGCGACACCUGCAGAAUACCUCCGAGCUCCCGCUGCCUGCCUGCUCGCAUUGUUCUACACAAAGUAUGGGCAUAUGCCACCACAACCUCUGCUCGUCCUCGCCCAAACCUG